CAGACGUUGGAUUGGCAUGGCUGUGUGCAGCUCAGCACUGCAAUCUACAUUCACGAGGCUUCUGCCUGGAUAUUUGGAUUCUCUCUCACACAGCUUUGAUGCAGGGCUUGACAGCGUAACACAGCAUGUUGCAGGGCACUGGGAGAUAGAGAAGGAAUAAUAAGGGGAGACAACCUUACGAACACUUGAGCAAUGUUCCGUGAGCUUCUCUCUUUCUCUCAUCAGACCAACGGGCUUUCCUAUACAGAGACCUGGGUCCAAUGGAGGGAUGUAACGAUGUUACUCUUUGCUUGUCAUGCUUGAAUCAGAGCUUUGUAUUAUAUCCUUUUGUGUCAGAGACCUUAUUGUCUUUGUCUGUCACUGCCGCCAGAUCAACUGUGGGGUAGUGUGGCGGACAGAGCCUCCUCCUCAACCCCCCUCUCCCUUGUCUGUGCCCCCGACGUCUCUUCAUUCCCUGCUCGCUCGUGUCUAUUUACCACUCUCAUUCUACCCUCCCCUCGGUGUUAGAAGCAGUCGUUCUUGCUUUCAAGCUACCUACUGCUUACUAUCCUCCUGUCUUUCCUCAUUCAAAGCAGGCAGGCUAUUAUUUUAUCCAGGCAGCUCGCUACAUGAUCCCUUGGAAAGCAGCUUUCAACGCUGCUCUGCCAUCUCCCAAUUCCUGAGCCCUUCCAGAAAUUCAUCUCCAUAACAAAAGGAUGUUUCUCCAGGAGGAUUGAUCCCCUUCACCCCCUUCAGUCACCCCUUUCCCUCCCUUGUCCUGAUCUCCUGCCCUCUGACCCUCAUCCUCUUGUUCCUAACCCCAAACCACCCUCUCCUAUUUGUCCUAACCCCAAGCCUCUUUCUCCCCUAACUCAUUUCCCCCCCUUGACCAUGUUGCCAUGUGUCUGCUGGCUUCAGCUUAUCCUCAUCUUGCUGUCCUCUGUCUUAUGGACCCGGGGGGAGAACUGCCCAACAACCUGCUUGUGCCCAGAUCCUCACACUGUGGACUGCAGUGGCCGUGGGCUAACCAGUUUACCCGAUGAGAUCCCCUUGGAUGUGCGGAGGCUUUUGCUGGCCGACAACUGGAUAAACCGUAUCCCCUCUGACUUUCUGGUUCUAUACAGUGACUUGGUCUAUCUGGACCUCCGGAACAACUCCCUUUCCCACAUAGAACAAGGGACUCUCAGCACCUCUUCCAGGCUGGUCUUCCUGGACCUUGGCAGCAACAAUUUGACUGAAAUCCCUAAGGGGACAUUUGGAGAGUCUCGGAGUUUGAUCAAACUACGACUGGGAAACAACCCAUAUCUGAGCAAGGUGAGUGAGGAUGCUUUCCUGGGCCUCACCUCUCUGAGAGAACUUGAACUGGAGCGUAAUGCGCUGUCUACCCUAAAGGUGGGGGCAUUGAGUCAGUUGCCCUCCCUGCGGGUAGUGAGGCUUGAGGGCAACCCCUGGGUGUGCAAUUGCAACUUUGCCAACCUGUUUGCAUGGCUAACGGAGAACAGUAAUAAGCUUCCAAAUGGGGUCAAAGGUUUGGAGUGCUCCCUCCCUAUGGAUGGCAGACGUGUAUCCCUUACCCAGCUCUCAAAGGACAGCUUCCGUGAGUGCCAGGCCACCCUGACUCUAACAGACCUUCUUAUCAUCAUUUUCUCUGGCAUCUCAGUGUCUGUGGUGGCCAUUAUGACCAGUUUCUUCCUGGCUUCAACUGUUCAUUGCUUCCAGCGUUGGAGUAAAGGCACUAAGGGGGAUGAAGAGGAGAGUGAGGAGUGAGAAGGACUUACUUUUAAAGAACUGCGCGGCACUUCUCCUUCCAGCAGUGAGAGAACAUAGAAGACAAUGUGUGCCCCAUGCCGUGUCCUUUCUGGCCAAUAUCCAGGACUGUUCAAUGGUACGAUCUUGCCCUGUUAAGGCUGAAGUUGUUUUCUUUGCACAUGGACUUCUGAAAUAUGGUAAUAAAAGACACUGGAAAGGAAUGAGUCCUAUUAAAGGUUAGCGUGUGUGCUGCACCACUUGCAAAAUGCUAUUAUAGAGAUCUUAUUUUUGGCUGUUAGCGCUUGUGGUCAUUUAUGGCCACUGGCUCUUGGCUCAGUGUUAUAAGUCUACACAAAUAUGCCAAGACCUUUAUAUAAAAAAGAAAAGAAAUAGAUAAUAAAAAAAAAAGUGUUGCUGCAGUACUCUCGUAUUAGUCUUAGUCAUACCAAAAAUCUUUCAAAAUUUAGUCAUGUAGGACAUUCAAUCCUGGAAUCUGAAAUCCUGUAAAAAUGGCUUCAAAGUUAGUGUGACCCCUUGAAUGAUUUUCACUGGGGUUUUAUCUGAGUAGGCCAGAAUGCUUGAUCUUGAUUCCAUAAAAAAGGAUGUCAUAUUGACCAGUGACCUCGAUAUUUAACUGCCUAUAACAUGAUAUGCUGGCAUAUCCUGCCAUUUUCUCGAGUCUCUGUUGGACAGCCACUCUCACUAACAUUAAGACGUUGUUCACAAGCACUGAAGAAGGCAAAUACUGUUGUUCUCUCUGCAUGUAGAAUUAGACUGUGGCAGGGAUGUCAGCUCAACAAGCAGGAUUUGGGUAAUUAUGUACUGCAGGCGGAAAAAGCUUCUAGUGGGUCUACACAUUCUAGCACAUAUUUAUUACAUAAUCACAAAUUUAUGUACAAAAUAAAAUGGUGUAAAGUAAAACAAUCAUAGAAAUCAAGAGGACAUACUGUAACUUCCUUAGAUUGAUACUUGUGAACUGUGUAGAAAGAAAUUCAUAAAAUAUCAACAGCAUAAUCAAUCAAAUGAAUAAAUUAUGGUAAAUGCAAUAUAAAAAUAGAAUCUAUGUAGAAUUAUUGUGUUAAAUGAUGCACUUUAAAUGGUGAACCUAAUUUUGGCUAGUCCUCAAUUACAGCAAAUAGACUGGUACUGUGUUCAUCUGCCAAAGGUUCAGAUGGAGGAGAAAUUGCAUAUAAGGACUUUUGCUUCUAGUGAGGUAAACAUAGCUCCCAAAUCAAAGCCAAAUCACACUGUACACACAUUUUACUUCAACAGGUAUAAUCUCCAAAGAUUUACAUUUUCUUCCAUUCUGUCUUACUUGGUUAUAUAUAUGACAGUGUUCAACACUUACGUUAACAGGAAGGUCACUUCAAAAGAAAAAGGGAACGAGGGUGACAAGCAAGAGUUUGGCUUCUUUAGUAAUAAAUAAUUAAACAUCCAGUAAUAUUUUAAAGAUAUCUUACAUCUUGCUGUACCUUUAUUAGAAAGUUUGAUAUCUUGCAUUAAAGUUGAGGCUUUGAUAUUUCAUAUCAAAAUUCUUAUGGCUACAUUCAGACUGCAGGCAACAGUGUCCAAAUCAGCAAUCAGUUGAAAUACAAACUUUUUCAUUUCUGAUUUAGACCAAAAUUCUCUGGUAAAUGUUAGACUAUUCUUUGACUGGCUGUAGUGGUGUUUGGCUUUGCGUGUUUCUCCAGCUUUUGCAGUAGCACCCCGCUGUGUCACGCACGUUUUAACAGUCCAGUGCCUGGUAGUUAGUAAGGCGUUCUUCAAUUUUUGUUGUUGUUGGCAAACAGCUUCUAGGUGAACUGCCAAAACUUUCUGGCUGUAGCAUUAGAUAGUACAGCGAGCUGGUAGAAAAAGUAGAAAGAAUGUAUAUGUGAAGACAAGACAUAUUUGUUCUAACAAUUUAAUGACUCUUCAAAAAAAAUUUAAAAUCAUGACCAGCCAGAAGAGUUUUUGCAAUGCAAACUCAAUCGAAACAGUCAUGUCGGUAAACACGCAGCUUUUAUAUCACUCUUAACAACCCAGCCUUGUUGGCUGGUGAUAAAACCCAACUCUAUGUGCUUUUUCAGGGAGCAGAUGAGGCUAAAAGAAAGUGAAAUCCAAAAGGAAAAGUAAGAAUUAGAAUUUUUUAUGAUAUGAAAACAUUGCUGGAAUAUUUCAUCAUUGGCGGGGAUAGUGUUAAGAAGCUGGCUCUCUUUUUCCUCAUCCUUGUUGUCAUCCUUAUGAACUAUUUGGCUUCCACUGUACAUCAGCUUAUAAAAGAAACACUAUGGCCUCAGUGGCCCAUGUGUUUAAUUCUUUACAGCAUGCUGCAUGCAACAUUUUUGUUUUUGUUCUUUUUCAAAUGUUGGUCAGUUUAGGAUGGCGAGCAGUUCGCUGUGGAAUUAGAAAUGUAUUUACUAUUUAAACUGGCUAUUUAAGCAGUUUUGUGAGCGGGCACGCAAGCAACGAACACAACAACAACAACACAACGUCAGAUAUGAACAUUAAAUCUGAAUUGAGCACUAAAGCUUGCAGUGUGAACGUGGCCCGGCUUCAUGAACAGGAUCUGUAUUCAAAGCAGCAACAGUACAGCACAUUCCAAAUUUAAUAAACUUAUGCCCUGAAUUUCAUGGAUGUCUUUUUGCUACAAUAUUUGCAUUUUGUAUAUUUAAAUCCUCCAUUAUUAAGAUAUGGAAAGCAGAAAGCUAGACUCUUUUUUUGCCACCCAAACUGAAGGUAUAUUGUACUGCUUCUUACAUUCUUGUAAGGCAUGAAUAAUUCAGUAAAAUUGAGAUAUGUAGCAGAAAGAAUGUCAAGCCUCUAAAUGCAAACAAACAGCAGAUAGAAAAAGAGCCAUGAGAAAAUAGUCAUUGUUUCUGUGUGGUUAAAAAAAGUUAAAAAGGAAUUCUAAAUGCCUCUGUCCCCUUUGAAGAAGUCAUAGCCCUGAAUGUGCAUCGUUUUUAAGCACAUUUUUGCAGAAACUGACAAAAAAUUAAUGUGGCCUUCUUUGUUUUUUGUUAUUUUUCCAUUUGUGUAGGCAUCAAUAAAAGCACAAAGGAAACUCCUAUGAUCCUGGUACACACUCAUGAAAUUUGUGUUAUCUCAUACUGUUUGUUGGUACCAGCCUGUAAUGUCACAUGUUGUGCUGAAAAUGCCACAUCCUUAUAAACAAUGUGAUUUUUACUGUAUGGAUGUUGUUUAUUUGCUAGAUUUGACACCAUCUGGUACACUUUAAAGAUAUGAUUAUUAUAAAUUUAUAUAAAAUGACCUCUGAAUAAACUCCUUUCAUAAAUUGUCCGGUCAUAACGGUAACUAGGUAUGUCAGCAGGCCUGUCAAGCUUUGGUUUUCUAUACUGAAGUGGUGUGCAUGCUCUACAGGAUGAGCAACAGUGCAUAUCUGCAGAAUAUAACAAAAUAAACAUAUUUUUGUGGGUUUACAGAUUCAUAUCUUUUCAGCAUUGCACUUAGCCAAGAUUGCACUAUAUGAGAAUUUAGAGUUCUAAUGGUAGCACCUCCUUCCUACAAACGGGGAAUUUGAUGCUUAUCAACUCCAGCCAAACUUAUGUUGGCUACUGCUACAUUUGCCAAAUUUCUGUUCUUCUUUUUCUCUUUUUCAUGGAAAAGUAAAGCAGGGUGUUUGAAAGUCGGAACAACAAUUCAUAGCACUAAUCAAACUGCAUGGUCAAAGGUUGUUUCUAUAGUAAGCAAACAUUUAAAGGUUUAUGUAAGAACAAAUAACACGUAUUGUGUUUUUUUUAUUGUAACAAAGGUCUUUUUAAUUGGUUCUGAGUAGCUUUGUACACAAAGUGCUGCUAAUCUGAACAUAUCUUCCACACAUGUCAAGUAAUCAGAAGCUGAAGCCACAUUUGUAAGCUAGCUAUGAGAAGCAUACUUUUAUAUUUCCGUGCAGUGAACGACCCAGUCCUUCAGAAUUAAGAUCACGUGUGAUUUUUUGUCUUUUGCUGUCAUAACUUUAAACAGCAGCAUUGCAACAAUGGAAAGCUUGACAGGCUUGAAUUAAUCAAUUCUUUUUUGCACCUGAAUUUCAUUUCCAAAGUCUCCAGUUUCAACUUUUUGUGGCAGUUUCUAUUAAAUAACAACAUUUGAAAUUGCUCACAGCCACUGGAAAGAUGUCAUUAGUUGCAAGUUCACAUUAAAAGAGUCUAUUGGAAGGACUUUUAAAGGAACUGAGUCUGUAAUUGUAGAUGAGCAUAUUGACAUAUUCAAGAAAAAAAUGACACCAUCGGAUUAGCUAAAUGGGAUUAAAUUAGCCGAAUCAUUUUUCCGUUAAAAGGCAAACUACAUUCCCAGCUAAUAACAACAGACACAUACCUAAGUCAAGGAAUCAGAGGGAGGCUUUUGAUACAUAUCAUUUCCAACUACUAUGUAGUUACUGUACAUUAACAAUUUAUUUAUUUAGCUUAAUUGUUAGUUUAAAGCAUAUGUUAGCAUGGCAGUUUCCUCUCCCUUACUUGUUUAAUUAAGUAACAAUAUCAGCACAUUACAGCAUGCACUGUUGAGUUAUCUGCAGUAUAAACUUCAGAUUCAUUUCUAUUUUUCUAUUCAAUUUCUAUUCAAAAUCUGUCCCCAAAAUAACAUUCUGGCGUUGUGCACCCUGGAAAGCAGAGGUAGUAGUGGCUGCUCUCGUACAGUGUGUCUCGAUAUUGCUUAGAAUACCAAAAAAAGCCAUGUUAUGUUUUGUCAGAUAAAUGUCAGUAAGGCUUAAAUCUAAACUGGGUGACAGAAGAGAGUGGUGACAAUGCUACUGCUGCUGAAUGCAUUUCCAAAUGUCAAACAGAUACUGUUAAAGAGAUCAUGUGUGUAGCUGUAUUUUCAUGU